GCCUGGACAAACAAAGCUAGGCGGUAUUAGACGAGCUCUGACGGUUAAAGCGUUAUGUAGCAAAGACCAGGUUAUCCUGUGACCUAUAAACGUGGUAGACCAUCUCGACCCAGGUAAAAACAACAUGGACUUCUUUAGCCAGUGGAAUAACACUUUUAUUUCACUGAUAAAACGCGGUAUUCCACUACUGAUCAUAAAAUAAAGUUAGUUAUCAACACGUGUUUUAUUAUCAACAUGUCUGGUUAUUCCCUACUACUCCUUCAACUUCUGUUCAUCGCAGUUAAUCCACAACAAUCAGGGGAUGUUGUUCCUUUAAGUCAAAACCGUGAAUAUGGGGUUGUUAAACUUUACAACGAUAAAAUUUAUAGAAGAGCAGUGUGUGCCGAUGGGUUUGAUUCGAAAGCGGCUAAAGUUGCUUGUAGGGAAAUGGGUUUGGGUGAAGGGGGUCGUCUGUUACCAGUAACAGCCUUCAGAUACCUCAAAGUCUCCCUGGACAAAGAUAUAUUCAAUACAACCUUCAACUGUCAAGGAACAGAAGCUAGAUUAAGAGAUUGUAUUUCAGAAAACAAAGCUUCUUGUCCGAGUACAGAUGUUGCAGCAGUUGUAUGUUCGGUACCACCAACUUCCACAGUUGACGGCGAAACGAGAAUAGGUGAUGAUGAACAAGUUGAAGUGUUUUAUCAUGAUUAUUGGGGUACAGUCUGUCCCCGACACUGGGAUGAUAAUGCAGCUAAGGUGAUGUGUAAAGAUUUAGCUCAGCAUGCCAAGGCUAGUGUAAUCGCAGUGGGAGACCUGAAACCCAGAUGGGUAUUUGACGUUAAUUGUACUGGUGAUGAAGAUAAAUUAGAUUCGUGUCAGAUAACCAGAGAUGAUCCUAACUUUGAAUGUGAUACAAUCGAUCAAGCUGUAGCAUAUUGUUACAAUAAUACUUUGGACUUUCGUCUUACUGGAGGUGGAAGAAAUUAUGGAUAUGUUCAAUUAACACAUAAUGGUGUUACUGGCUACCUCCAAGGAACUGAUUUAGCACGAGCUGCUUGUAAUACUUUCGGUUUUAACGGGGGUAUAGCGCACGAUAUGCCGCAAUUAUCAACUAGAUACUGGUGGUUUGCAAAUAGAAACGAACAAUUUUUAGGCUUUCCCCUUCUAAAAGUAAAUAAUCUGCAACCCCGAGAAACAGGCUCUAAACAGGAAUAUCUCUCGGUUUUCUGUUACGAAAACGUAAGACUUGGUUCAAUCGGUUACGGAAUCGUUCUGGAAAUGAAAUAUAGAAAAUACUACGCAUAUUGUGCUGAUGGGUUUGCUCAGAAGGAAGGUGACGCAGUAUGCAGACAAUUAGGAUAUCCCAAAGCAACAAAGAUCACAGUUGGAACUUCGAAAGUAGAAAUUAGUGUGAUAGGAUUUCUUGAUUUUACCUGCCCAGAAGGAGCAAAUUCAACAAAGGAAUGUACAUCAACGUUUAACCAGAGUGGUGGUGGUUGUGUCUCGGGAAGAGCUUAUGUUCAUUGUAUACCAGAUGAUUCUAACGGUGGAAGUAAUGGACUAGAAAUUACAGCUUGUGUGACAAUAACUGCACUGUUCCUGGUACAUGUUAUUUUAUCUGCUUUUUGAAAUUUAAAACACGGUUUAAAGGUCACAUGUUUUUCUUCUGUUUUCAUUCCCACAUCUGUCUAAACAGAUAGUUGCUCUUGCCAUCAUUGAUUGUAUAUAAAAAGUUAAAUACCAUUAUACUACAUUGAUAAUAUACUUAUUGAGUUAAUUACCAUUAUCAUAUAUUGUACACUUAUUGAGUUAAUUAUCAUCAAGAUAUGUAGAGGUUAUAUUGGCUUGUACACACAGUGAGUUAAUUCACAGAUCUGAAUGAUUGUUAAAAUAUAACAUUCUUAUUUUACACUAUGUUAAUAUUGUCAUGUCUGUUUUGUAUAUUACUGUAUGUGUGUUCAUCUAAUGGGUCCCUGGCCUCAGAAUAUUGUCAUUUUUGUUAUGUAUAUUACUGUAUGUGUCUUCAUUCAAUGGAUCCCCUGGCCUUGAGAAAUAAAGAACUUGACUUGAACUAAUUAUCAUUAUGAUAAUAUGUACAAUUUAUUUUUGAUUGUACAAGUUAAUUAUCAUUAUGAAGUUAUAAUUGAUGGCACACGUUAACUAACAUUAUGAUAUGUAGAUGUUAUAGUGUAGUUCACCUGCAGUAAGUUAAUUAUCAUCGGGCUAGUUGGAUGUUAUAAUAGAUUGUAUAUAAUGAGUUAAUUAUCACAAUGAUAUAAUGGAUUGUACACCUAGUUGGUUAAUUAUCUCUAUGAUAUAAUUGAUUGUACAUUAAGUGAGUUAAUUAUCACGAUGUUAUAAUGGAUUGUACACUAUGUGAGUUAAUUAUCACGAUGAUAUAUAUAAGUGAGUUAAUUAUCGUCCUAAUAUGUGGAUAUGAUAAUUCAUACUGAGUUAAUUAACACCACGAUAUGUUGAUAUUAUAAUUUACUGUACCUGUAGCGAGUUAAUUACCAUUAUAGGUUCAAUUUUUAAUCGAUUGGACACCUAAUGAACAUAAUUAUAUAACAACAGGUGCUUUUCAAGAAUACUCUAUCUCUCCUCUCGCGGCAGCGUGUUUUAAAGGGAUAUUUGACAUGUAUUGCUUUUCUUACUCUUUUAUAUGUAAAUAAUUUAAUUAUACCAACCUGUCCAUAAUAGUUUUCUAAUUGUUUACCUUAAGUCUGAUUGUUUACGUUCAUAUAACAGAGGCUGGAUAUAUAUAUUUAUACAGAUUAAUAUUAAAUAAAACAUAUCUUUAUACAUCU